CGAUUUGACAGCGACAGCGACAGCGCAUUCACUAAUCGGUCUUACAAUAUAAUUUAGGUGAUAUUUUUAACUAAAGUACGGCGUAGAUAUCACAAAUAUGCAGCAACUUACUAUAUUUAUGGAUAUUGAAAGUUCACGUUCCUAUAUCGACGAGCUCUACUCGCCGAAUCAAGAAAAGAUAAUGGAGGCAUUGGUGACGCUAAAGAAUUCAGUGAUAGGAAGCAACAGACAGAAAAGUUCAGUUAUUGAACAAGGGAUAGUGCCCAGGUUACUGCAACUGAUGACCGAUGAUGGCCUCGAUCCGAACAUAAGACUUGAAGCAACUAUCACAAUUGGUUCUCUAGCAAAAGGCACACCUGAAAAUGUUGCAUCACUAGUUGAUCAAGGUGCAACUGUAGUACUUGUAGAGUUAUUGAAAGUAGUCCCAACUGGUACAAGAUUGGCAGAAGCAUGUCUCUGUGCGUUGAGAAGCAUAUUUCAGCAUCCUCCAGCACCCAUAUCUGCACUGCCCUCAGACAUGAGACUGUUAACGAGAUUAACACAAAUAGCCCGAGAGGGUUCGCCAACGGCACGAGCGUGCGUCGUUCGCAUCCUAUCAAUAUGGUGCAGUGGUCCCGUAGAGCAAGAGGCGUUGUGUGCAGCGGGCGCUUGUGGCGCUGUAGCAGCGCUGCUUGCCUGUCGGGGUUAUACCGCGCCACCGCUAGCUCGAGCGCUGCCAGCGCUGGAUUUAUUAGCAGCUAUGUGCUUCGAAAAUGCUAAUGUCUCACAAGUCGCUCUAAAUACGAGGUAUGGUGAUAAAACAAUACCAGAAUUGUUGACAACUCUUGUAUCAAGAGAUAAACCACUUGCUGUAGCAAUGGGUGCUGCGAGGUGUCUCACUUUUAUACAUAGAGCGGGAGUUCUGCCUGCAGAUGAUAAUAGAGUUGUUUUCGGUGCUUUACCAUGUCUCGCCCGACUUUGUACUAAAGAUAUGCCUGAAGAUAUUCGAGCUACGGCUGCAGAAACACUAGCAUACUUAGCAGAGGUGGACACGUCCCUCCAACGCCUGGCUGCGAUAUCCAACCACCUGAUGAGUUCCCUCGCAGACAUCGUGACGUGCCCCUCGGCCGCGGCCAAGCAGGGCGCGUUCAAGUGCUUCGCGUCCCUCGGAGCCAACGACGAGGACAUCCGCAAGAGGAUCAUCGAGACUCACGGCCUCAUGGUGCACGUGGUCAGCGGGAUGAACAACCCGGAGCCCUCGGUCAGAUUAGCAGCUGUGAGAUGUUUGCAUUCGCUGUCGAGGUCAGUUCAGCAGUUACGAACGACAUUUCAGGACCAUGCAGUCUGGAGGCCGUUAAUGCAACUUUUGAACGACUCCCCUGGUACGGAACUCCUUACCGUGGGAUCAUCGACGCUUUGCAACCUUCUACUUGAAUUCUCACCAGCCAAAGAACCUAUGUUAGACCAAGGUGCUGUGGAAAUGCUAUGUAAUCUUACGAAAAGGCCUGAGGCGGCUUUAAGAUUGAAUGGGAUUUGGGCAUUAAUGAAUAUGGCUUUUCAGGCAGAGCAAAAAGUAAAACAGCGUAUCCUGUGCUGCCUGGGAACGGAGCAAAUGUUCCGUCUCCUGGGCGAUGGAGACACUCGCGUCAUCAUGAAGACUCUGGGUUUGCUCAGGAACCUGUUGUCUACAAGACAUCACAUUGAUGCCAUCAUGGCGGAGUAUUCCUCGCAGGUUAUGCAGGCCGUUAUAGUUGUACUUGAGGGCUCCUACCCAGCUGAGGUCAAAGAACAAGCGCUCUGCAUAUUAGGCAAUAUCGGCGAUGGAGAAAAAGCGAAGGAUCUCAUAAUGGCAAACGAGGAUGUGUUGAGAAAACUUGUAGAUUAUUUAGCGCACCCGGAGAGCAAGCUGCAGGAGGCGGCGCUGUUCGUGGCCGGCAACCUGGUGUGGCGCGGCGAGGCGGGCGCGGCGGCGCGGCAGGCGCGCCUGGCCGAGCUCGGCGUGCUGCGCGCGCUCAAGCUGCUGCGGGCGCGCCACGACGCGCUGCACCUGCACGACAGGUGA